GACACAGAAUAUCGAGAACACAGAUAUUCUGGACCAUGCUGACAACCAUUAUAUUGCAGGCUGUUAUGAAUAAUGUGAGUUGAAGUCCAAAACACCUGGAGAGACAAAGUUUUCCCAUGUCUGCUUUAAAGUAAACAUGAAUGUUGCAGACUGAAAUGAGUGGAUGAUGAAAGGAAAGGGACGGCUGCCGUCACAGACUGGCUCUCGACCCAAAAGGUCCAGCUGUUCCACAAUCGCCUUUUGAGUGGGCAGCUUUGGGAAGUAGGGAUGGCUUCCCACGAGCAUCUGGAGAGGAAGGAAAAGGGAAACUAUGACUCUUAGGGCCACCAAAGUGACUCCAGGGACUUCCUCAUUGCUUUGCCAAAGAAGGAGGGCUUUUCCUGAGCAGCUGGAAGCCCCGCCUGAUGUAGGGCUGGGCAGAGGGACAGUGGGCGGUCAGUCUGGGCCCGAGAGGGCAGCUGACCCCUGGCUCGGCCUCCUCCUCUUCUUCCUCUUUGGGCCAUGGCUCGGGCGGCUCCUCCAGGGGCCCUGGAGCUCCUCCUGCAUAAAGUCACCGACCCUGGCAACUCCGAAGAGAACUGGGAGGCCAUCCAACGCUUCAGCGACCAAGUCAACGCAGAAGCCGACGGCCCUUCCGUCGCUCUCCGUUUGCUGGAGCAUAAGAUCCAGUCGCCACAGGAAAUCGAGGCACUCCGAGCCCUGACCGUCCUGGAGAUGUGCGUCAACCACUGCGGGGAGUCCUUCCACCACGAAAUGGGCAAGUUCCGCUUUCUGAACGGUCUGAUCAAAGUCCUCUCCCCAAAGUAUCUGGGCUCCUGGUCCACGGAGCAAGUCAAGUCCCGCAUCGUGGAGACCCUCUUCAGCUGGACCGUCUGGUUUCCUGAGGAAGUGAAGAUCCGAGACGCUUAUCAGAUGCUGAAGAAACAAGGAAUCGUAAAGCAAGACCCCAAAUUGCCAGAGGACAGAAUCCUUCCUCCUCCUUCGCCAAGACCAGCGGGAUCCAUUUUUGAUGCCGAUAAUGAGAAAUCCCAGCUCUUAGCCAGGCUCUUGAAAAGCAAAAACCCGGAGGACUUGCAGGCAGCCAAUAGGCUGAUCAAGGGGCUGAUCAAAGAGGAGCAGGAGAAGUCCGCGAAGGUCUCCAGGCGCAUGAAUGCCGUCAAGGAGGCGCACAAUUCUGCCGUGGCUCUGGAGGAGAUGCUGAGGAGGAACAAGGCCAAGGAGGAGCCGGCCAUGGAGGCCUUGGAGGAACUUCGUGCCAAAUGUGAAAAACUGAAGCCUCUGAUGUUCCGGGUGGCCAGCGAAACGGUGGAGGACGAAGAAGCCCUGGCUGAGAUUCUCCAAGCAAACGACCGGCUCAUUCAAGUACUCGCCUUGUACAAUCAGGUUGUGGGAUCUAGAUGUGGGGAUCCUGAGCCAAUAUCUGCUGAGACCUCUGCUCCAUCUUCAAAGAUCCUCCCGUUAAUUGACUUCUCAGAGCAGGGUCCGGAGCGGAUCCCGUCCUCCCCUUCUGCCCAUUUGCUGGACGAGGAGAUGAUGUCCGUAGUCGACCUUCCCAGCAGCCCAGUGUCCAUCAGGGUCUCUGAAGGGCUGCUUCCGCUGCCCAACCCCGAUUCUUUGGCCACCCUCUUCGUCCCACUGGAGUCUAUUACUCUGAGCACCAUUCCUGCAGUCACCAUCUUUGCCGAGAAUGGCUUGCAGGCCCUGCUCCACUUCUCCCGGACGCCCCUCCUUGGCUUCCCUUCCGUCCGGCCACUGGUCCUCUCCCUGCUUAGCACGGCUCCCCAUCCGGUCCAAGGCAUCGUCUUCCAGGCCGCUGUGCCCAAGUCGAUGGCCAUCAAGCUGCAGCCCGCGACCGGAUCAGAGCUGCCGGCCUUCAACCCGUUUCUGCCUCCGUCGGUCAUCUCCCAGGUCUUGCUGCUGAGCAACCCACAAAAGGCUCCCUUGCGCCUGAGAUACCGGUUGCUCUUCACCCAGAACGGGGAGUCCCACAGCAAACUUGGAGAAGUGUCCAAUUUCCCCCAUGAAGAUCUAUGGGCUUCGAACUGAAAACGGAUUGCCUUGGGCCGGAUCGGGGCCUCCGCCACGGACGUUGUGCCCAUCUGUUCACUCCAGAUGCACUAAGCCUUUUGCAAUGGUUGCUUCUUCUUUCUAUAAACCAAUCAGUACAAUUUUUUUUUGAUAAAAACAGGCCAUUUGGCAUUUAUAGAAGGGCUGCUGGAUGUUGUUCCUCCCUUAAUCCCAAAGGGAUUAUUAAUUCAUUUCUACUUCAUAACAUCACGACACGUAGCUUAAGCUACAAAUAAUAUCCUUUUCAUGUGUUUUAUGAUCCAAGAAGGGGGCAGAUGCCCUUUGCAAAACGACGACAGACAAAGCCAGACAUUCAGCCUCCAAAUUGUUGGCAAAUUCACUGCGAUCGCAUGCGAGGCUUGUGACCCAAACUUCCCCAAAACGUUGGCCUGGAUUGCAGUUUCUUUAAAAAUGGAAUAGAGUCUCACUUAUCCAACAGAACGUUGGAUAAGUGAAUAAGUUGGAUAAUAAAGAGAGAUUAAGGAGAAGCCUAUUAAACAUCAAAUUAGGUUAUGAUUUUACAAAUUAAGCACCAAAACAUCAUGUUAGACAACAAAUUUGACAGAAAAAGUAGUUCAAUACGCAGUAAUGUUAUGUUGUAAUUACUGUAUUUAUGAAUUUAGCUCCAAAAUAUCACGAUAUAUUGAAAACAUUGACUACAAAAAUACAUUGGAUAAUCCAGAAUGUUGGAUAAGUGAGACUCUACUGUAUUUUAACUCUGUUGUGCCUUGAGGCAUAAGGAGAGGUGGGUAAAUAAUAAUAAUAAUAAUAAUAAUAAUAAUAAUAAUAAUAAUAAUAAUAAUAAUAAUGCUAUGUAGUAAUUACUGUAUUUAGCUCCAAAAUAUCACGAUAUAUUGAAAACAUUGACUACAAAAAUACAUUGGAUAAUCCAGAAUGUUGGAUAAGUGAGACUCUACUGUAUUUUAACUCUGUUGUGCCCCGCCUUGAGGCAUAAGGAGAGGUGGGUAAAUAAUAAUAAUAAUAAUAAUAAUAAUAAUAAUAAUAAUAAUAAUAAUGUUAUGUAGUAAUUACUGUAUUUACGAAUUUAGCACCAAAAUAUCACGAUGUAUUGAAAACAUUGACUACAAAAAUGCGUUGGAUAAUCCAGAACGUUGGAUAAGCGAAUGUUGGAUAAGUGAGACUCUACUGUAUUUUAACUCUGUUGUGCCCCGCGUCGAGGCAUAAGGAGAGGUGGGUAAAUAAUAAUAAUAAUAAUAAUAAUAAUAAUAAUAAUACAGUAGAGUCUCACUUAUCCAACAUAAACGGGCCGGCAGAACGUUGGAUAAGCGAAUAUGUUGGAUAAUAAGGAGAGAUUAAGUAAAAGCCUAUUAAACAUCAAAAUAGGUUAGGAUUUUACAAAUUAAGCACCAAAACAUCAUGUUUUACAACAAAUUUGACAGAAAUAGUAGUUCAUUACACAUUAAUGCUAUGUAGUAAUUACUGUAUUUACGAAUUUAAUCCAGAUACGUUGGAUAAGUGAAUGUUGGAUAAGUGAGACUCUACUGUAAUAAUAAUAAUAAUAAUAAU